UGUUCUAGGUGUUGCUUAGAACACAAUGAAUUAAUAAGUAAUGCUUUCACUUUAUUCAUGUGAAUCACUUUUAAUGUAUGUGUCUGAUUUGACAGUUCCCAUUUAAGUAAGAUUCUAGAUUAGCGUUUAUCAUGACUCCUACUCCUGAACAGAAAGGCACCCCUUAAAGUUGAAGUUUUUUUUUUUUUCAAUUGGUAUAGGCCCUUGUUUGCAUGGAGGUAUUGGUAUAGGGAGCUUUAUUUGUUAACUGAGGCUGAGUGCCUGAGGGAUUUGCAGAAAUUGCUAAUUUUUUUUUGUAGGACUGAUCCAUGAGCUUUGUGGUGUAUUUAAACAAAUGUGCCAUUUUAUAAACUUUUUAUGUGAAAUUAUUUUUCACUUCAUGCACAUGAAUAAUACAACUCAUUUAACACCUAUAAAUGCAAAUGAGAGAACAACCUGUUCAGAAGGUGUUUUAGGACUAUACAGCUCAGUGUACCAUCUUCCAUAAAAGUAACCGAUAUAAAGUCCAUAUAGUAGCAAAUUUUUGUUGCAGUUUCUUUCUUUAUAAUACAAAAUAGGAAAGUAAAUAAGUUCAGAGCUAAAAAUAAGAGUAGUUCAAUGGUAUUACAUGCUUUGCAGUGUAUGAGUUACAAUUCUGUGUUAGUUGCAAAUAAAAGUAGUGGGCUUUGGUAAGUAAAAUUGCAUCAGUUUGCCCUUUAGUAAAAUCUGUAAAUUUAAAUUGAGUUAUGAUUAAACACUAGAAUCAAUCUCUCUCAUUAUUUUAAAGGUAUUUUAAGAUUAAACCUUUGAGAAUGAAGAAUGGGGGGGUUGAUACUGUAAAUGAUUGUGGUACAUUUAAAAAAUAUGGCUCAUAAAAAUUGAGGCGUUUUCUUCUUUUAAUGUGCAUAUUUUAUAUCACGCUGGUAAUUUAGGCUGGUUCUUCCCUUCACACCUAAGAUAGUCACAGCUUCCGUUUUAGUAAACUGUUCAUGGGAUAGAUAGGCAGGGUCAGGCACAGCUAGGUUAAACCGUGAGAUUAAUUUGAAAAAUCUAGGGCCUGUAGUUUCCCUGCUCACUUGAUUAGUUUUCAUAAUUCAUCCUCAUUCCCACAGCAGCAGCAGUAGUCAGAGGUGUUGGAACUAGGGGUGCUGGGGGUGCAGCAGCACUCUCUGGCUUGAAGUGGUUUCUAUCCUUUACAGGGUUUACUGUUUGGUUCAGUGGCUCUCAGCACCCGCCCUAUACAAAUUGUUCCAGAACCCCAGCAAUAGUAAUGUAAUAUUUGCCAACAGAAAAGCAUUUUUUGGUUUCUCUUUCAUUCUUUUAUCCCUAAGUGUCAGUGGGAACAGUUGGUGGAACAAGGAAGGAGAGAAUCAGUGUAUGAACAGCACAGAAGAUAAUUUUGCUUUUCAGGGAUGAUGUGGAGGGACACUUUAUCUCUAGUGGAAGAGGAAGAUCCUCACAUGAAAGUAUCUCUUGGUAGCAGCGAUAUGGGCGUGUCUGCCCAUCUACAGUCUUCAAAGACAGGGACCACACGAUUUUUCACCAGCAACACUCAUAGUUCUGUGGUAUUACAGGGUUUUGACCAGCUGCGAAUAGAAGGUUUACUUUGCGAUGUGACGCUAGUGCCAGGCGAUGGUGAUGAAGUAUUUCCCGUUCACCGAGCUAUGAUGGCAUCAGCUAGUGAUUACUUCAAGGCCAUGUUCACAGGUGGAAUGAAGGAACAAGAUUUAAUGUGCAUUAAGCUUCAUGGUGUGAACAAAAUAGGUCUGAAGAAGAUUAUUGAUUUCAUUUACACUGCAAAACUUUCUCUUAACAUGGACAACCUUCAGGACACUCUAGAAGCAGCCAGUUUUUUGCAGAUUUUACCUGUUUUGGACUUCUGUAAAGUGUUUCUGAUCUCUGGGGUUUCUUUGGAAAAUUGUGUUGAGGUUGGGCGGAUUGCCAAUACAUACAAUCUCACAGAAGUGGAUAAAUAUGUUAAUAAUUUCAUCCUGAAGAACUUCCCCGCAUUAUUAAGUACUGGUGAGUUUGUGAAACUCCCCUUUGAACGUCUUGCCUUUGUGCUUUCAAGCAAUAGCCUUAAGCACUGCACUGAGCUCGAACUGUUCAAGGCUGCUUGUCGCUGGCUACGGUAUGAGGAGCCUCGAAUGGAAUAUGCUGCAAAACUAAUGAAGAACAUCAGAUUUCCACUGAUGACACCACAGGAUCUUAUUAAUUAUGUACAAACAGUGGAUUUCAUGAGAACUGACAAUACAUGUGUGAAUUUGCUUUUGGAAGCCAGCAAUUACCAAAUGAUGCCGUACAUGCAACCAGUCAUGCAGUCAGAGAGAACUGCCAUUCGAUCAGACAGUACUCACUUAGUAACAUUGGGGGGAGUGUUAAGGCAGCAACUGGUUGUCAGCAAAGAAUUACGGAUGUAUGAUGAAAAGGCACAUGAAUGGAAAUCAUUAGCUCCCAUGGAUGCACCAAGAUACCAGCACGGCAUUGCUGUGAUUGGAAACUUUCUUUAUGUAGUUGGUGGACAGAGCAAUUACGACACGAAAGGAAAAACAGCGGUUGACACAGUCUUCAGAUUUGAUCCUCGCUAUAAUAAAUGGAUGCAAGUUGCGUCUUUAAAUGAAAAGCGUACCUUCUUCCACCUAAGUGCCCUCAAAGGACAUUUGUAUGCAGUUGGUGGUCGAAAUGCAGCGGGUGAACUAGCCACAGUGGAAUGUUACAAUCCAAGAAUGAAUGAAUGGAGCUAUGUUGCAAAAAUGAAUGAGCCCCACUAUGGUCAUGCUGGAACUGUGUAUGGGGGAUUAAUGUAUAUUUCAGGCGGAAUUACCCAUGAUACUUUCCAAAAAGAACUUAUGUGCUUUGACCCCGACACAGACAAAUGGACUCAGAAGGCUCCAAUGACAACAGUCAGAGGUCUGCACUGCAUGUGUACUGUUGGAGACAAGCUUUAUGUUAUUGGCGGAAAUCACUUUAGAGGAACAAGUGAUUAUGAUGAUGUUCUAAGCUGUGAAUAUUAUUCACCCACCCUAGACCAGUGGACUCCAAUUGCUGCUAUGUUACGUGGGCAAAGUGAUGUUGGGGUUGCUGUCUUUGAAAAUAAAAUCUACGUUGUUGGAGGGUACUCUUGGAAUAAUCGUUGUAUGGUGGAAAUAGUCCAGAAAUACGACCCGGAAAAGGAUGAGUGGCACAAGGUCUUUGACCUCCCAGAAUCACUUGGUGGCAUUCGAGCCUGCACUCUUACAGUUUUCCCACCAGAAGACAACACAGGGUCACCUUGUAGAGAGUCACCUCUUUCGGCACCUUAAAAAAAAAUCCUUUGACUUACGGUGUUGUGGUAAUACCUUUGCACUGCAUCAUGGAGUGUCUCGUUUUUCUUCAGUAGUAUCUGUUAGGCUUAGCCUACAGCAAUUGGUACAGUUACUGAGGGAGAAAAAAAGACUUUGACAUUACUUGUGCUGUUUGUUUGGCCUAGAAUGUUUGAGUGGUUAACAAAGAUUAUGGAAAAAUGUACUCAACAGAGCCAAAUCUUUAACAAGUGAGAAACAAGAUAUUGUCUAUAAAAUGUAUGAAUUAGGUACGUUUUUAAUGUUGUGUAUUGGGUGUGAGGUACCUUGCAACUUACAUUAGGAAGCCCAGUAAGUCAAAUUGGAAGGGGUUGCAGUGAACGUGUAAUUAUGUUCACUAAACUUCAUAUUUGAAAGUCUUUCUUCCUUUCAUCUUUGAUUGCAGAUUUUAAAGGGAGGCAGCCUGCACCCAUGUGAACUCUGACAAAAGGUUGCCAGCAGGCCUGAGCUACCUCCCUCUUUUCACAGAGUAUUUUUGACAUAUCUCUUUACUGCCCAGCUGGGUGGGUGCUUUAAGAGCAUAUGGAGUUUCUUAGGCAGACAGGAGAAAUCAAAUAAUAAUUUAAAAAAUAUUAAUAUUAUGCAACAGGUGGACCCUGUACAGGCCCGGGUUUUUUUAAUAACGUAUAUUGAGGGUUUUUUCCCUGACUCAAUUAAGUGACACUUCAAACAGAAGACUUAAAAUGUUUGGGCUUUUUAACUUUUGGUCUCUUCCCCCUCCCCCACACACCCAGUAAUCAGCUUCUGCUUGUAAGGGAGCCUAAACUAUUAAUAAAUUGGAAUUCAGUACAGUUGUAUGACCUGUUGUAUGCCUGUAUUGAGUUAUGUGGAUAAGGGCUAGAAAUGUUAAUUCAAGCCAGUACAUUUGACCAAAUUGUUCCUUCAGAUCAAAUUUAAUCUAAUUUUUCUCCUUUGCUGUUGAGAUAACUUACAUAUUACAUGUCCUCUGUAUAGUCUCAGUUAAUAAGGUUAUUUAGCACAAAGUGCAGCUUCAGCAGGAGAGCUGCUGUUUGCUCAGUGAACUCAGACUACCAUGUUUUACCUUCUUUUGUUCAAUAAAACUUUUAACUGCAA